GCUUCGAAAAGCCUCGUUGUUUCCUUCCUUCUUUCGCUCCUUACUAGCCCUAAUCUCUCUUGUCGAAAAAAGUAGCUACUGAUCAUCGAAUUGCAUUCAAUACUACAGUGAAGGCUUAAGGAAAUUCAAUUCAAUUGCGUACUUCUUCAAUUCAGUGAGGAGAUUUCAGACUAAAAUGGCUGCAGCUCGGCAUUUUUCCCGGAUAGAUACAGUAGAAAUAAAAUUGCAGAUUGAGAGGAAGCUUGGGCAUCUAAAAGCACAGAAAUACUUUGAUCUCCUCACAAAGUUUUUAUCUCUUAAAAUUAGCAAAUCUGACUUUGAUAGACUCUUCAUUGGUACAAUAGGGAGGGAAAACAUGCGCCUUCAUAAUCAUCUGCUCAGAUCAAUUAUAAAAAAUGCACAUCUCUCGAAGAUGCCCCCACCAAAGGAGUGCAAAGCUGAAAGUGGUUUAGGUGUAAAAGUGUCCAAUGGGUAUCAGAAAAGUAGUAUUCAGUCCCUCUGUAGAGAUUUUCUCCAAUCCCCUCGUAAGGGGAGGUCAGUUCUUAGUGAACGCAAGUUUAGGGAUCGUCCUAGCCCUCUUGGCCCUCAUGGAAAGAGUCACAAUAUUGCAUUUGAAGAUUUAGUCCCUAAAAAUCAAGAACAACAGAGUGCUACAGAACUGUUUUCUCUUGGCAGCAGACCCCCAGGCUCUGUGGAAGAUGGAGAAGAGGUUGAUCAAGCUGCUGGAAGUCCUAGCAUUUAUAGUAGGAGCCCUGUUAGAGCUCCUCUUGGCAUCCUAUUGAACACAAAAGGAGCACGAAAAGUGCUUUGUAAUCGGCCGGCAUCUUCUUAUCAUAUGGAGACAUGCCAAAAUAAUUUUGGAUUACCGGAUACCAACUCUUUAAGGAAGAGGUUAGAGAAGAAAUUGGAGAUGGAGGGAGUAAAAGUCUCUGUUGAUUGUGCCAAUUUGUUAAAUAACAGCCUGGAUGUUUACUUGAAGAGAUUGAUAAAGCCAUGUAUGGAUUUAGCUGGUUCAAGAUCUGGCAAGAAAUUUACUGGCCAAGGACAUUGUCAUACUGUAUCUCGAUUGAAUGGGUUGUGGCCUGUGAGAUGUUUACAAAGACCAAGUGGGCCCAUUUCAGUGUCUAUGUUAGAUUUUCAGCUUGCAAUGGAACUAAACCCUCAGAUUCUAGGGGAAGAGUGGCCGAUGCAACUUGAGAAGGUUUGCUUUCGUGCAUUAGAAGAAUGAACGAUAAUAUUGUUGCAAUAUUUGUUGGGAAGGGAAGUUUAGGUUACAAGGGACUUUGAGUUGAUGCUGUUGCAGGGUCCACUCUGAUAAUGAUGUUGACCACACUGUUUUUUGUGACAACUGUGAAGUACAUAAAUAGUAAGUCAUUGGAAUUUUUGGAUUAAGUUGAUUAGUUUGUAUAUAGGCCUUUGGACUGAUUAUUUCCAGGGUCUGACAUGGUAGAGUAUAAACACAUUGACAUUGUAAGAAUCUAGCUGUCUCAAAAUGGUCAGUUUUCUCCUUCAACUGACUCUAUAGUUUGUUUGUUCAAUUUAUUAACUUUGUGAAUAAAGCUUACAUUUCCAAUUUUCAGGCCUAA